AUGGUGCCAGCACCAGGCAGCACUUUCACCGUCCGCGAGUCCACCGCAACGACUCUCAAUUCCGGGAGUCCUGAGGAGCUUUGGCUGUCGCCGGAACCUGGGCGUAUUGCAAGUCCCAUGGCAGCUUGUCGCAACGACCAAGCUUUUGGAUACUGGGUUGCGAUAGAAGAUGAUCUUUCGAAGACCCACACAACCUUGACGCAUACUAGAUCCGGCAGCAAGGCCCGAGCUUUAGAUUCUACCAUCGUGUCAUCCAGUCUGGAGACAGACUCACACACGAGCAUCUGGGCCAGAUCUUCUCGACUAUUGGAAGAGCUUUCCAGCGUCAUAGAUGCUUACUUGGCUGAAGACCCCGAGCGAGCACGGAUUGUGCGACACAGACUUGUUGCGCCGCCGAAGCUAGCGGCAUCCAUAGUAGUAGAUCAAGGGACGGGAAAAGUGCCCUUCAACUGGCAAUUUGAGCGAAGAACCUUGUAUUUGACGGAGACGCUCAUUCAGCUCGGCCAGGAAGCUUGUCGGUGGAAGGAGGCCGAAGCCCAGCGCACCGGACUGCCAUUCAUUUCACUGCUGCCAACGUCGUUGAAUAGCGAGAUCCGCAUCGUCUCCCGACACCGUGCAGACGGAUUCCGCUUGAAGGCGUGUUCUAGAAUUGCCAAGGCCGCUGCCAUUGCGGACGCUGACUUCUACGUCACUUUGGGAGCUCAAGUGCUUGCGACCAUCGACAGUAAGCCAUUUUGCAGCCCUCAAAAUGUCGGAGAACUCGUUCGAACUCGUCAUGACCCCUUCCAGCAGCAGGCAACAGGAAAAGUAUGCGACGAGAGUGAAGUUCUGAAGGCACUCGUCCAAUUAUGCUCCCAGUCACUGGCGGCCGGUUGUCAAGACGGCUUGUUGGCGGCAGACUGGGGUCGUUUGUUGCUCCCCUACAGGCUGGAAAAGAGCAAGACGAAUCGUGGAGAGGCUCAAGUCGUAUUUUCUCCAACGGGAUCAUACUGUGAUGUCCGCGAGGGUCAGCAGGCUUGUGCAACGGCAAACGAUGGGAGCAGGGCUGGGCUCUCUGGGCAAGUGUCUCCAGCCUUUCGAUUGGAGCAAAUGCCAAACUCAGUCUUCUUCCUGCUGGGCUGGAUCUUACACGUGCUUGAAGGCCUGGAAGAGCCCGCCAAGAGUCUGCAAGAGACUGAGCACUCAAAGCCAAAGACUGCUCGGUCUCGCGAAGAAGACCAGGAUGAGCGUGGCCCCUCGGAGAAGCACAUUCGCAAGCGUCGAGAGGAUGAUAUCGCAUCGACUAGACGUCCCGAGGCCAAAGGUAGCUCUGGAAAGCUUGCACACUCAGGCAAAGACUCCACUGACAGCGGCACCGAAGGCCUGCCGCUCGUAAAGUCCUACGUAUGUACCUUUGGGCCUAUUCUGGGCGGGACCUUUGCUGGUCUUCAUCGCUGUGUGGUGGACAGGGAUCAUCUCGAAGGUCACGUGGCACGGGUCCCAUCACAUGAGUCAAAAGGUCGGCCCGCGUUCGGCGUCCUACCUGAAUUGGGCGCGAAUGACUGCCUCGCCUUGAUGAAGGUUCAGAGAGUGCCUCUCAUGCCAGAGUCUGGAUCGUCUUUGCCUGAGCCUAGAUUCGAAGAGGCAGACGAUCCCCCCGUGAGCGAGGAGGACCGCGAAGGCAUUCGGAAAAGAACCGAACAGGAGAUUCGGAUCUUCCAGCACUGCAAACAUCUCCAAGGCAUCCUCAUACCGCGGCUAUUUGGUCUUGUCUCCCCCGACGAAUAUCCCCGGUCCAGCUCUUUCAAGCUGAUGCUCCAAUACCUGCGUGCUGCGCCGAUAGGAACGUUGCUCCAGGAGCAGAAAGAUCUGUGGGGCCGCGAGGUCUGUCACGCGGUCGAGGCAGCCUUUGAGGCAUUCCACGCGCAGCGAGUCUACCAUGGGGACGCCAGCACAGCCAACAUACUCAUUGAGUGGAAGCAAAUUGCCUCGACGAGCUCAGGCGAUCCCUUCGCGCACGCAAAGACAUUGGAGGCUUGGGACUUGCGCCCUGUGAUACGGGAAGCUCAGGCCCGGAUGCAAUUGAGUGACAGGGCUUUUGCAGCCGCAGCACGCAGAACAAGAGAGCAUGACGAAACAGUAGGCCAUUCUGCUCUCGCACUUGAGCUCACGGAGUUACCAUUGAGCCUCCUGAGGGCUGCGGUCAAGCCUCAUGUUUGGCUCGUCGACUUUGCUGACGCUGUCAUUGUCGAGGACGGGCGAGAAGGAGACUCCCUCCUUGCUUCCGAAGCCCGCAAAGUCAAGCAGAUGGUGCAACGAUGGGCCAGCGAGCGCAUCAUCGGGGCACUAUAG